AUGCCACCGCGAAAAAGUGAUGUUGCGAAACCUGUUACGGGAGAUGAAGCUACGCCUGUGAAAGAGAAAGAGUCGGUUGGGAGAGAGGGAGUUAGUAUUGAGGAUCUUAAUCUUCCGAAAAGUAUCGUAACGCGAUUGGCAAAGAGUGUGCUGCCGCCCAAUACCCAAAUUCAGGGAAAUGCGAUGUUGGCGAUGGGUAAGAGUGCGACGGUUUUUGUUAAUUAUUUGGCUAUGCAAGCAAAUGAGAACGCACAACAUCGAAGUGUCAAAACGAUAGCGCCGCAGGAUGUUUUUAAAGCGUUGGAUGAUUUGGAAUUUCCGGAUUUUAAACCGAGGUUGGAGGCGGAGCUUGCGAAAUACAUCGAAAUGCAAAGCGACAAGAGAAAUACAUAUAGAAAGAAAGUCGCAGCUGAUAAAGCAUCUGGGGAACAAGGGGCAGGAGAAGACGAGGAAGGCGAUUCGGAAAUGGUGGAUCGAGAGGGGGAUGGAGAACCGAAGGCUAAGAAGGUUAGGAGGGAUGGGGGCAGUGAGGAGACGAAUGAUGAGAUUGAAGAGGAGGAAGUAGAUGUGGAUGAAGAUCAUGAUGAGGAAGAUGACGACGAUGUAGAAGAUGGCGAGGGUGAAGCGGAGGGAGAGGGUGAUGCAGGGGGGGAAGAUGAUGGAGAAGAAAGACUUGAGGUUGAGGAGCCGGAAGGAAAAGAUGCGGAAGAUGAGGCGCUGGAUAAUGGGGAGGAUAGUGAUUGA